AGGUUGACUCGUUGCCGAUCUGGCGAUUGCGCGACUGGUGCUGGGGGAGCAGCGCCCCCGGCUGGCUUACAAAACGCAUCAUGAUCGUCGUUUUCGAAGCAAACAGGAUAGGAAGGAAGGGGAAGGGGGGGCUGAGGGGGAAUGGGGCGGCGGCGACGGCGCUGUCGGCUCGUGUGGGAGCCGCCGGAUGGCGGCAGGGCGGCGAGUCAAUUCCAUGACUCUCUUGUUUGUUUCUCAUCACGAGGAGUAUGUAAAAAAAAUGGGUAAAAUGGGCAUAUGUUGUAUGGAAGUACUAUAUAAUACAAGAAAAGGGCCGGUUUUCUUUGGGACCCGCACUUGUAUGUGGUUCGUUCGUGUUAUUUUUUUUUCCUUCUUGCUCUUCGCAUGUGGGCCCCUUGUCCUUGCUGUUUUAAUUUUCUUGUGCAAAGUAUCUUUUGGUUGGGCUUAUACAAUCUGUCUAUUUUUUUUCUAGGGUUUCGCUACUAUAUAACCCUCUUUUUUUUUUAACGAUGACGAC